AUGACAACAACCAUGGCUGCCUCCUGCUCGUUGGUGUGUUGUGAACAGGACAAGGAGUCCGACAAAGCAGCUAUAGUCCGCUUCUCAAACGGCAGCGUGAAAAAUGCAGGCAAACUGGACAUAACCAUGUACAAGAACACAGAUGAGAGUAACCCCAGAAAGAAGAGCAGACGGAUAAUGGUUGCUGAAACAAACAGACUGUCCUAUGUUGGGAAUAAUUUUGGGGCGGGGUCCAUGAGAUGCAACAGCCUUUGCAAAUAUUAUGUCGGAGUGCUGAACAGACAGACAAUGCAAAUGGAGGUGCACAGUGCUCAGAUCUUCAACAUGCAGCCUGCUAUACCAGGAGAGACAACAGAGGCUGCGAAGCCCCAGGACACUACUCAGACUUACAGAGAGAAGGUUGACUCAUUGAUUGAGGCGUUUGGCACCAACAAACAGAAGAGAGCUCUGAGCUCCCGCAGGCUGAAUCAGGUGGGCAGUGAUACCCUGCAUCAAGCAGUGGCUAAGGCUGCCACCAACGUGAUCGACCAGAAGGGUCUGGAAGCUCUACAACAGGAAGUGGCUGAGACAGAGGCCCAGGGAGACCUGGCUCUCCAUCUGCCUCCCUGCAAUGCAAACGCUGACAAACCUGAGAACGUCUACCUAUUUGACGAUCUCCUGAGUCCUGUGGAGUUUGGGGCUUUGGAACAGGCUGGUUCCAAGAUGGCUGCACUCACCUCUGAGGAGCUGCAGAAGAUGAGAGAUGAUGGAGGGUGCUUGUGUGUUGUAAAGCUCCUGGAGAACAUGCCAACUGCCGUGGAAGAAGCCAGAGAUAAAACAGCACGCUGUGCCUUUUACCUUUCUAUGCUCCUCAAACUGGCACGGCAGAAGAACAUCACCCGCAAGUUUGGGCAGGAGGAAGGCUGUCCUCGCAUCAUUCAGAGCAAGCUGCUCAAAACAUUCACCAUGGAGACUUUUAACAAUGGCAGGGUCCAGAACAUGGUGUCAGCAUCAAUGCGUGCCAAAUUAGCAGCUUACUCUCUGGCCCUGCUGUUGCAUAUGAGUCACAUGACUGCUGACCUCACAUUACUGCACCGUGACCUGGGAAUCACUGAGGCCAGGAUGACUGAAGUAGCAAAGUCAAUGGGCCUGACCCUAAUUAAACCAUACCGAGGAAAGGCUGAGGAGGCCGGACUGCAGGACACAAACCGGCAGGCCUCUCUUGUUCUACCUCUGGUCAAAUAUGAUCAGUUCACGGAGCGACGAAAACGCAGGAAAAUGCACUGAAGAUCAGGAUGAGAAAAGUCAGUAAUUGGAUAGAGAGUAAGGACUAUCAGAAUUGGAAAUGCCACAAACAAGAGCUGUUUAUGAAUGCAUUUUGUAGACAAAUAAAGUGGUGGACUUUGA